GGCCGUCCUGGGCGGACGUAUAGGCCGAGUCGUUUCCGGACCGGUGUUAGUCUGUGGCUGUGUGUCGGGGCGGCUGGCGGACAGCGCCGCUCUGCUGCCACCAUGUCGGCUACGGACCUGGCCCUCCUCCUGCUGGUAGUGACCCUGGCCGUCGCCAGCGCAGACCGGCCGAGGGUCAGACUCUCGGACGGAGAGCUGCUCGGUACGACGGAGACCAGCGCGGCCGGCACCCCGUACCCCGCGUUCUACGGCAUACCGUACGCGCAGCCGCCGGUCGGCGCGCUGCGGUUCCGCCGACCGGAGCCGGUGCAGCCCUGGAACGGCACGCGCGACGCCGGCUCACCGUCCGAACCGUGCACCCAGCUCUACGUCGACAGGUUCAGAGGCUCCGAGGACUGCCUGUACGCGAACGUGUACACGCCCUCGCUGCCGGAGGACCCACCGUCCGCUCCCGGUAGACAUGUGGUCGUGUAUAUUCCCGGCGGAGCGUUCAACUUCGGCUCCGGCGGACCCGGGCAGCUCGGCGGCGGCCGCUUCGUCGACGAGGGCAUCAUCCUGGUCACCUUCAACUACCGCGUGGGGCCGUUCGGCUUCCUGACCACCGAGGACGAGGCGGCGCCGGGCAACUACGGCCUGCACGACCAGGUCUUGGCGCUUCGCUGGGUGCGGGACAACAUCGCGGCGUUCGGCGGUGACCCGGACCGAGUGACCCUGGCUGGGGAGAGUGCCGGCGGUGCCUCCGUCCAUCUGCACAUGCUGUCGCCGCUGUCGCGAGGCCUCUUCCAGCGGGCCAUCUCGCAGUCAGCCACGGCGCUGUCGUUCUGGGCGCUCGGCGAGGGGCAGCGCACCAAGGCGGAACAGGUGGGCGCGGCGCUCGGCUGUCCCGUGAACCGGUCGGCCGAGCUGGUGGACUGUCUGCGCGAGGCGUCCGCGCAGAGUAUCGUGGCCACCCUGGAGCCGGCCUUCCGCCGCUGGUCCAUCUACCCGAUGGUGUUCGCGUUCCGGCCGCGCGUGGAGCGCGGUGUGCCGGGUGCCUUCCUGCCCGACUCGCCGCGCCGCCUGCUGGAGCGCGGUGAGGUGGCCGACGUGCCCUGGCUGGUCGGCUUCAACAGCGACGAGGGCGGCACGUUCGGCUCCUUCAGCCUGCUGAACGCCUCCGCCCUGGAGAGCCUGCGCCGCAACCCGGACACCAACGGACCUGUCUGGCUCGGUCUGGAGACGCAGCGCAACACCAGUGCUCUGUACGAGGCGAUCAGACAGUUCUACUUUGGCACGCAGCGUCCGGGCCUCACCACAGCCGCCCAGUUCAUCCAAGCUGAGGGCGACCGCUACUUCGCCAGCGGCGUGGACGUGGCGGUGCGGCUGCAGGCGCGUCACAGCACCGCGCCCGUCUUCAAGUACGUGCUGGAGGAGGUGCCGGAGACGUCGUUCCCGGCGCUGCUCGCCCAGAAGGCGGGCAACUCGGAGCUGCCGUUCUUCCCGUGGGGUGUGUCGCACAAGGACGACCUGCGCUACCUGUUCACCGGGCCGCGGUUCCCGGCCAGCCGGCGGGACGGAGAGUUCGCCACCAAACUGACCAGCGUCUGGUCCGGCUUCAUCCGCACCGGCCGGCCGCAGUCCGCCCUUCUGAACGUGUCCGCGUGGAAACCUUACAAGGAGAGGCAGGACAACCACAUGCGCCUCUCCUCGAGCCCGCGGCCCGACACGGGAGCGUACCAGAAGCGAAUGGAGUUCUGGCGGUCUCUGCCCAUUGACGAGGACUGGAACCCAACGAAACAAGCGGAAUAAAUCGAAGGCAGUGUCUGACGUGUAUGACGGUUAAUGGUUAUUCGUUAUAAGUUAGCCGUUAAAAAGCCUACUUCCAACGUCGCUCUGACGUCCAAUACUACAUAGUACCAUAAAGGCAGCAAUGCAUUAUGAAGACGAAUUUACUUUCAAUAGGUGAGUAGUUAGUAAAGCCCUGCAACUGUACUUUCCAGCUGUAACAUCCAUUUCGCUGUAACAUCCAUUUUCGUUUCGUUGCUAUGACUGGCCCUUUGAGAGGGAAAUAAACAUCAAACAGCCAACAAACUCGCUGAUUCGCCGGCUCCUCAGAGCCGGCCGUUUUUCGUGUUCGUUGUCUCGACUCUCGGCCCAUUCACCACAGCACAAUACACCACUCAGCGAUACUCGGGCUCUGUGGGUGCCAACUCAGUCUCAGACGGGCUCCACAUCACGAAUAAUAGAGCUCCGAAUCGGCGUCACCGGUCUCUGCCACAAACAGAGCAGGAACGGCGGCCGGCCGGGGCUGAAAGCCUCAGACCAAUGUCGGCGAUCGCUCUUCCGUGGGCCCCGCCGACCCAGAACAGCUGCAACACAUUCCCAAAAUGACCGCUCUGAUUGGUCAUAAUCUGCCAGACGAGUCGCUCAAGUGAUCUUGAAAAGGUUCUGUUUGUUAGAGAUGAUGUUUGCUCCAAGUGUUUGCUCUGCAGGCCUUUUUCGAAGUCAAUAGACUGUCAGUUUUGUUCAUUUAUCAGCAAUAUACGUCGUUCAGAGUGAGUGGGUUUCUA